GGGACGGGUCAGGACGGGCGGCACGGACGGGACGGGCGGUCGCCCGGCGCCAGAAUGGUUGCCUGGGGAAAACAGCACUGCUGUGUUGGUGGAAUACAGGACAUUUUUUUGAGAUUCAGGAUUUUUCAAGCAGUCCUUUUACUUCAGUUGUUCCUGGCUACAGCAGGCAAAGAUCAGGAGGAUUUCCUGGGGCGAUAUAAAGCUGUCUUUAGGACUGCAUGUGAAGAUCCUUGGAUUAUGUCAUCAAGAAUUUCUCUGCAUCCCUUGAAAGAAUUCCUUGUCUGUGUGGACCUCAAACUGUAUUCAUCACAUAAUCCAUGGAUAGCAUAUGUAUACACUCAAGAAGCACCUCACACCAAUGUCUCUACAAAUAAGUACGAUCUUGGACUUGCGGGAGAUCGUGGCAAAUUGAGCAUAUGGUUGUUUGGAAAUCAAAUAAAUAAAACAGCAAGACUUCAUGAAAACACUUGGAACCAAAUAUGUAUCCAGUGGAAAAGUGACAAUGAGGAGAUGAAGGUAUUCAUAAAUGGAACAAAAAAAUUUUACAAAAAACUAAGGGGGAAAGUUCAUUUGCCCGGAAAAGGCCAGUUCUUGCUUGGCUGUUCAAAGCUGCGAGGUGCAGCUGCAUCACCUAACCAGGGUAUGAGUGGGGAACUGUACAUGUUCAGAAUGUGGGACAAGGCAAAUAUAACACAAUCUGAGGACUGCCAGGAUAGUGGUGUUAUAGGCUGGAGAAAGGAGGAUUGGACCUAUACCACCACAGUAGAAGAGGAUAACUCUUUGCCAUGUGUUGAAACUACUGCUACGUUGCCUGGCAGAAAACAGAUAACAGAUUCAGAAGAAUCAGCUGCAACAACCAGUUCUGAUAUGUCUUCAGAGGAGACUACACAAAGUGCAGAAGCUCUUAGAAUCACUGAUUAUUACUCCACCAUAACACCAGCAGGUGAAACCAUUGUAUGCAACAUAACACAUGUCUGUAAUUAUUCAGUGUUCUAUGUGGGCAAGGUAAAACUUAAGGCAAGUGAAGAAAGUAAUACAUCACUAAGCGUGGAAAUUAUUAAUAACAUAACCACCAGCAGUCAAGUUAGAAAAUUAAUUACAAUUCCAGCAUCUGCCCCACAAGAAUUGAGCAUUUCAGAGUUCAACAAAACCUUGCAAGCAGUAAGUGAGUCCUCUGUUAUGGAAUGCAGUGCAGAAAACCAGAGUAUACACUGCAAAUUCAUCAUGAAGCUGGCUGAGAGAGAGAAUAUAAGCAGCUUAACAAACAGAGCAAAAAUAAGCCAACUUGAUCGGUGCUGCUGUUCAUCACCGAAGUAUUGUUCCUUUGCUGCUGAAGAAUUACAAAUGUAUACUAUACAAGUGCCACCUCAUUCUAUAUGGGUUCCUUUCCCUCAUUCUCCUUCUCUCUCUAAAAAGGCUUCCCCCAAAUCUUCCCCCACUAUACUUUCUGCUAAACAAAGCCCCACAAUUAGACCACUGAUCACACCAUUCACAGAAACUCCUUUUUCUGGAACUCUCUCCACAUCUCCCACUACAGACCCUCUUGCUGAAAAUUCUGUGUCUUCCACCAGUGUUACCACUACACAUUCCUUUUCUGAGUCUCUUGCUCAACCCACCAUGUCAACUUUUUCUUCUGUAGCUUCUAAUAAAUCUGCCAUUAGUUCCACACCUGCAACAAAAUCUGUCACUAAUGCUGCUUUCUCACUUAAACCUGAUGCUGCACACCUUAACAAGUCUUUUACAAUACUUUCUCCUUCUGUAGGUUUCACUAAACAUUCUGCACUUUCCUCUUCUGAGCUCCCCCACAAACUUCCAAUUGUAAAUCGCCACUUUGAGACUAUCACCAAAUCAGUUGCACAGAUUCCUCCUGCUACAACCCAUCUUGUAUCUGGUAACAAAAAUGUUAGUACAGUACCCAUUCUUCCCCUUACUCCUUUCACAAUAUCUUUGACCCCUACUGUUAGUCCUGUCAACCAUUCUGUCUCAGCUUCUCGUCCUCACUCUACCGUUGAUGGCCAUGGGAGCACAGGAAAAACACCUACCACAAAUACAACUUCUGUGUACACCACCAUGAGUAUCACCACAGCUGAGCAAAUUGUGUCCAAAAUAGAAAAUGAUUUAGCAGCUGGAAAAGUAGAGCCAAAAGAUGUAGAAAGGAUGGUUAAUGAGGUUAGCAGUGUCCUGACUGCUUCUCAGCCAUUACCACCCCGAAUUUCUAAAAGAAUUAUAAAACUGGUGGAUUAUAUCGGCUUAAAACUGAAGCUUUCAACAUCAUCUGCUGAAUUUGUCUCCCCUUCCUUGGCUCUGGCAGUUGUAAAAACCAACAACAUGCGCUCCAAUGAAAUGUCUUUUGCUGUCCAGGACUCAGCUGAUCUCCAGAUCUCUCUAGGAGUUCAGGCCAUUAAUGAUUUAAAUAAUCUCGGAUCAAUUACACUUCCUUCAUCAUUGCUGACAAAUUUACCCACUGAAGAAUUGGACUUGGCUUCUAGAAUUAUAUUCAACUUCUUUAAAAAGACCACUGUGUUCCAGGAUCUGUCCUUGAAGAAUGCAUCUUUAAUCAGCAAUGUCAUAUCAUCAAGUGUUGCCAAUCUCACAAUUCGCAAUUUAAAGGCAAAUGUUACUGUCACUUUACAGAAUAUCAAGCCUAAUCAGGAUAAUUCAACAGUUAGAUGUGUUUUUUGGGACUUUAAUAAAAACGGUGGACAUGGAGGCUGGUCACAUGAAGGUUGUAUAGUUAAAGAAAGUAGAGUAAACGAAACAGUCUGCUCAUGCAACCACCUCACAAGUUUUGCUGUUUUGAUGAACUUAUAUGGAAAUACUCCUUUGAAUCCCACACAAGAAUUGGUACUGACUUUUAUAUCCUACAUAGGCUGUGGCCUCUCUGCAAUUUUUCUUUCUGUUACUCUUGUGACCUACAUAGCUUUUGAGAAAAUCCGGAGAGACUACCCCUCCAAAAUACUUAUUCAGCUGUGUGCUGCGUUACUUCUGCUCAACUUAGUUUUCCUCCUUGACUCAUGGAUUGCACUGUAUGAUACACGAGGCCUCUGCAUUGCAGUUGCAGUAUUUCUUCACUAUUUCCUCCUGGUUUCCUUCACCUGGAUGGGCCUGGAAGCUUUCCACAUGUAUCUGGCCCUUGUGAAAGUCUUUAAUACCUAUGUACGGAAAUACAUUCUUAAAUUCUGCGUUAUUGGCUGGGGGUUACCAGCAUUAGUUGUGUCCAUUGUGUUGGCAAUAUCACCAGAUAAUUAUGGACUUAUAACCACUGGAAAGGUUUCAAUAAAUGGACCUGAUGAAUUCUGCUGGAUUAAAAAUAGAAUUGUCUUCUAUAUUACUGCUGUGGGAUAUUUUUGCCUGAUAUUCCUGAUCAAUAUCAGCAUGUUCAUUGUUGUGCUGAUCCAGCUCUGUCGUAUCAAAAAGAAAAAACAACUCGGUGCUCAAAGGAAAACAAGUAUUCAAGACCUUAGGAGUGUUGCUGGCCUUACAUUCUUGUUGGGAAUUACUUGGGGAUUUGCCUUCUUCACAGUAAAUGAGGUAUUUACUUACCUCUUUACCAUUUUCAACACUUUGCAAGGGUUCUUCAUUUUCAUCUUCUAUUGUGUAACAAAGGAGAACGUACGUAAACAGUGGAGAAGAUAUCUCUGUUGUGGGAAAUUCAGGCUGGCUGAAAACUCUGACUGGAGCAGAACUGCUACUAAUGGUUUAAAGAAGCAGACUGUAAAUCAAGGAGUAUCCAGUUCUUCCAAUUCCUUACAAUCAAACAGUAACUCCACUAACUCUACAACACUGCUAAUGAAUAAUGAUUAUUCAGUGCAUGCAAAUGGAAAUGGCCAUCUUUCCAGUGAGAAGAAUGGUGUUCCUUUCAGUGUACAGAAUGGUGAUGUGUGUCUCCAUGACUUUUCAGGCAAACAACUUGUAUUUCAAGACAAGGAUGAUACUGGCAGCCAAGAAAGCCACAUCUCACUCAGAAGGACUUCAAAGAGAGGAAGCCUAAAUUCUAUGGAAAAAAUGUGAUUUCCUUUUAAACAGCACAUUGUUUUACAGUGUGAAGUAGAGUUUUACUUUAACAGUUUUACAUAAUGUGAGCAGACCAAGAACUGAUUUUAUUUAAUAUUUGGUUCUGGAACUUCAAGGCAGCCAUGCAAUGGAUUAACAAGGACAAUUAAAGGGGAAAAAAAAGGAAGCGACUAUUUUUACAAGGUCUUGAAUGUCAGAUUACAGCUGGCACAUUUCCGUUUUGAUUCUCCGUCAGAAUGGGGGUUUUGAGGGGUUUUUUUACAUCUAAACAAAAGUUCUGUUUAGACUUUUUUCAUUACAAUUAAGUUUAUCUGGAUAUAAUGCUUAGUAGUAUUGUAUAGAUGUAGAAAAUGCAUUACAACUUGUGCAUACAAACGAUGUUAACUUUAAAAAUGUUAGCUACACUGUCCUCAACUUUUUGUACAUUGUAGUAGCAAGCUCUGUAGUGAUGUACAUAAGCAGAAAAAUAUCAACCCUUAAGCAUCUCAAUGAUACUUUUAUAUUUAUUUCUUGUAAUAUAAAUAUUCCUAUGUACAGAAAAAUAAUUGGUAUUUUGUUUUUAACUUUUAUUGUAAGUUCACAUUUUUCUUUAGUUAAUUAACAGAAUGAUACAGAAGUUACUUUGUUCAGUAAGUGGAAUCACUUACAGUGGUUUGAAUAUAUUCACUAGAUGGAGAACUGUAAAUAACAAACAGGAUCUGUCUUGAACCUCUAGCAACCUUUUAGUACACCACAGAGGGAUAAAAACCGGAUAUAAUCCGAGCAGAGUGCCAUGAAUGAGGGAGUAAUAAGUAAAGUAGUCAGAGGGUUAUUAAAUACAACUAAGUUAUGUUGUGGCUUGAGUAAAUCCAUCAGAGUUUUUGACACUGAUUUCAGCAGAGUCAGUUUUUGUCUUGAGUGGUGGUUCCAGAGAUUAAGCACACUGCCAUCGCUCAUUUGCAAUGAUGAAAGUAGAGAAGUUUGUGGCUUCUUGGGAAAAAAAAAAUAGAAAUAAUAAAUACCAGCUGCUAUAUUUAGUAGCUGAGAAAUUGUUUGCUUCAUUGUGUGGCUGUUUUUUAAGGGGCAGCUCUUGGGCUAUUCCAAUGAGUAUUUCUGCUUGUGCUUUGGCCCUUGGUUGGAAAACAAAUCCCGAAGCCCUUGCUCAGUAAGUACUGAAGCAAAAUUUCAUUCCUCUUGUGAUAUUUACCUGAUAAAAGCUGGAUUUUCACUCUUCAUGCAAAGCAACUCAAAGCCCAUACAAUGUUGUGAAGAUUCUUCCUGAACAGAAAUUAGCCUGAGCCCUGGUUGUACCUCUUCCUUCUCAUACAGGUGUGUGGCUGUGGUCCACUGCUUUUUUAAUCUAUGUUCUUGGGCAAAGGCUGGAUGCUCCUGGAGCAAGAACUAGAACAAACUGGCACCUGACUGCAGAGUAAGAGACCCUGUAAAGGGGGAUGUGUGAAGCAGAUACUUGUUGAAGGGGAGCAAGGGCUUUGCUUUCCCAGAGAACUCAGCAGGGAGCCCUGGAAAUACCUUUCUCAACAAAAAGCAUCAGCUAAAUGCCUCCUAUGUGGGGCUCUGUUCUAAUUCAGCAGUUGAACCUCUUCAGUACUCAAACUCUCUUGUGGUUUUGUGGAUAACACAUGGCUUCUUUCGGUCACCUAUGUCUAAGAUUACUCUGAAUAUGCUUCUAAUGUGAGAAUUCAAAGUAUUCGUUGUGUUUAUCCACAAGGUUUUGCUGCAUGAAAGCCCAUCUUGGAAUGCUAGUAGCUGGAGUGCAUUUCUGUGAAUGCUUUAAAACUAUUUGGCUAAUUGCCUUUGCAGUGUUUCUUGUAAAUUUAUUUGAUGUUCUUGUAUUUAUAUU